AUGGGCGGUCCGAUGCUGCAUAAGGCGAAAAAGUGGAUUCUAAGCGGCGCGACGGCUCCCGCGAGCAAAAGUGUCGCUCAUCGAAUGCUCAUCGAGAACGGGUUCAUUUUGCCGACGGCUAAGGGAUUUUAUAGCCUCCUACCUCUCGGCCAGCGUGUCAUCGACAAACUAUGCCGUAUUCUGGAUUCAGAAUUUCAGAAUUCUGGCGCUAUGAAGGUUGGAAUGCCCAUAGUGGGUACAAAACAACUAUGGGACCGAACUAGGCGAUGGGAAGCCAUGGGAUCGGAAAUGCUCAAGUUUGAGGAUCGGCAGAAGGCUCAGUUGUGUCUACAACCAACCGCCGAAGAGAUGUGCACGGACUUAAUUGCCCAAUUAUCUCCACUGAAAAAGUCUCAGUUGCCAGUGAUGUUGUAUCAAAUCGGAGAGAAGUUUCGAGACGAAAUGAAUCCGAGAUUCGGUCUGAUGAGAGCCCGACAGUUCCUGAUGAAAGACAUGUAUUCGUUCGCAUUGGAUUCAGAAUCAUCUCAGAAGACGUAUCACAACAUUUCAAAUGUUUAUGAUAGGAUAUUCGGCGAACAGUUGCAGUUGGCCGAUGAUUUGAUAAAGAGCUGGGCAGUCUACAGUAAUCUGGACUUUGGCGACACACCGGAUUCUGAUGGUCCCCUCGACUCACCUCCUCAUCUUCGUCGCCAUCCUCCAUACCAGGCAGUUGUAGAAACGGCUUCUGCGGUGGCGACGGCUCCUGCGGUAGCUGGCUAUAGCGAUAAGGAUCCAUUCCGAGGAAUCGAGGAACGAUGA